ACAACAAAAUAACAUCAUGUCUACAAAAAGAUUACAACAAUGGUAAGGUCACCUGUGUUUGUGUAAUCCAGAUGUAAAUUGAUGAAUGCAUUGUCAUGACGGAUUUUGCUUCAAUUUCAAAAGCAAAGCGAUAACCAUGCUUAGACAUGCAGAUGGACUGAGUCGAUGAGAAGAAAUAGAUAUCUGAGACAGUUGUAAGAAAUUGGCCCGGUCUAUACAGAAUCUCUGAGAUACAGAACUGCUUACUACCCGCCUCAUCCCUGUGGUCCAGUCCCAGCGCCCCACCCAGCCUUCCUCCCCCACCCACCCCAACCACAUCCACCCCAACCACACCCACCACCACCACCCCAACAUACUGCCAUGUACAGCAGUCACAGCUACCCUUACGCCUUCAACCAAUCCCCCCACCAGACCCCGCCCCGUCAUACGCCACCCCAGGCUCACAUGCCCAUGCCCAAUCCGCCCCAGUCCCAGCCCAACCUGAGCUACCCACACCCCACCUCCUCCUCAUACCCCGCCUCCUCCUCGUACCCCACCCCUCCGACAUCAUCACCACAAGCACCCAUGGCAGCAGCAGUGGGAGCACCAGGGGCGAGCAGGGGGUCGUCGGAGUUCCCUCUUCUAGCACACCUGUCGGUAGAUGAGCUUCAGAGGUUACUCAGCUGUGAAGACAAGCUCAAUGAUAUUGCUGCUGAUGAUGCAAAUCAGAACAAGCAGCGGCGUGUGGACAAGGAGAUGGCCAUGGCAGAGAACAGGAGUUUGGCUGACCACAAUCUGUCCCGAGAGACGAGGUUACGGGAAGGACGGAACCAGCUUGGCCGUCUACACGAAGAGGCAAAGAGCAUACGAGACGUUUACGACGUAGACAGGAGAAGAUUAGAGUCUUUAAAUGAGAACUUUUCACUGGAUGCUGCCAAAGUCAUGUUAGAAACAUCAGCUACCAAGACAGAAGAAGAAUCAGAGGAAAUCGCUGAAGAGUUCCUGAAUGGCAACUUACCCAUAUCAGACUUUGUCGAACAAUUCAUGCAGCGGCGCAUGAUGGCGCAUGUACGGCGAAUUAAAUCUGACAAAAUGCAAGAACUCUUGAGAAAACCUAGUUAUCCUGCACUCCCGCAGAAUGUAGAUAUCCCCAUGACCACGCCCAUGGGCUACACCCCCAUGCCUGCCAGACCGGCGCCUGGUGUUCCUCCUGCUACUGGUAACCAGAUGCCCUCGUACUAUCCUGGGCACCCUGCACACAUCCCGGCACCUGCGCCUGCCCCUGUAGCGUACAGUGGGUCACCAUGGGCGGCCUACCAAUCAACACCCAAUAUGCCAUCACUACCAGCUUUUCCUCGUUAACAUCUUCUAAACUGCCAAACUGAGACUGAGCAUUAUUAGAUGAAGGCAGUUAUAAUAGUGGACAAUCUACAAUAGCAAUUGCAGUUAUGACAUCUAUUACAUUUACCGUUAUGUAUCUGUACCUUGAUCCCAUGGUUCUGCUUCUUUCAGAGACAUGCCUGUGAGCGCAGCGUUACUGUGAAGUCCUACAGGGUACAUGUGAGUGCGUUACACCCUCAGAAAAGGGAAAUGCCACUUGAGGCAAAUGUACCUUCGACAAGGGUACCAAUUGGUUUUGGUCCUGAUAAAUCACCCCCUUAGAUGCCACAGAGCCAUGUAUCUCUCACUUUGGAUCAAGGUUUUAAUAAACAGUCCUCUGCCAAGAAGCUUGUAUCAGUGUAUGACUGUUUUUAAAUUCCUUCAUCAAGGUCAGAGCAGUGUCGGUGCCACACUUUGGAUGGGGUAGAUGAUCUCAUUCCCCAACCACUCAAGGAAGUGAUGUGCAACUGUGAAGCUAGCUCUGUUUUCAUGUGCAAGAAUAUGACACCACUAGAAGUGAGUUUUUAUCAUGGACCACUUUGUUGUUUUGCAGUGAAUAUUACAUUGUAUGUCCUGGAGAAGGGUGUUCACUUGAGAAUUUGAUUAAUAAGGUAAGCCUUGAGGAAUAGACUUCCUGGUGUCCCUCUCCCACAUACAUGACAACUACGGUUUCAAAUUAGUAUGCACUGGAGCAAGUUUUGAAGCCCAGAUAUUUAACGUAUUAGUAAACAUUCUGGUAAAACAUUCUGGUAAAAUAUGACCCAACAAUGUCGAAGAAUUGACAGGCUUUGAGGCAUCACACUUGUCAGGUCUCAACUUAAAACAAUGCUGGAAAUAAUGAAUAUUUUGACAGCUUUAACUUAUUCAAUAACUGGGGAAUACAAGUGUAUAAAACAGUUUGUAGAAACAGACCUUGAUACCUUGGCAAUGACAUUUGACCUAUACUCCUUCACACGUCAUCAUCAGCGCAUGGCACAUUCUAAAUAAAAUUUGUGCCUCAUUCAUUGUCAGAAGUAGCCAUAAAUUUAGAUACUCCUGUACUGGUAAUUAUCAUUUUAGUUACAUGAGGUUUUAUGACACAUGUGUCGCGACAAUUGCUUUGCAGUCAAUUUCCUAUGCUAAACUUAUUCCUGAUUCGUUCAAGCCUGCAACCAAUGCUAUAACCUGACCCUGAACUUUACCUAAAACCCAAGCACAACACUAACCCUUACCCAAUAUAUUUGGCCAAAUAAAGCUUGUUGCAACUGUAACCAGGGCAAAUAUUGGAUGAGAAUGUUUUAAAUGAGGGUCACCUAUAAAAAUUAUUAAAAAAUUUAAAAAAGAAAGUAAAUUUUAUUACUAUUUUUAUCUAAUCAUGCAUGCAUAUUUUGCUAUAUUGGUUUAAAUGAUUAAGUAAUGUUUAAUCUUAUCGUGUAUUAAUUGAAUCAAAACAUUUUAAUUGAGGUGGUUAGUGGUUACACUGCCAUUUAAAGUUGAUUGUGAAUAUUAGUCAUAAUGAUCAAAAAUUCGUUUUAGUCUGAUGUACAAUUGAUGUGAUUGAAAGUCUUCUAUGAUCCCAAAGCAAGGGUAUAGAGUGAUAGCUGUUUUGAAACCCUUAAAGCUAUACUGGCCCCUCUAGCGCCAUCUUGUGUCAGCUGUAGCAGUUUGUUUCUGUAACUUGCUGCACCCCCAGCUGCGUUGUUGGUUCUCAUGUCGAGUUCCCUGUCUGCGAAGUGGAAAUGAGGUAUUGGGUUGCACACUGUUGGCAAGUUGACCACGAGGUGGCGCUGUGCAAUAUAUAGUGUGCUAGGGCAGAAAGUUCAAUCAGUUCAGUAUCGCUUUAAAGUACUGAAAGAGCAUGUGUAUCCUCUUGUAUCCUCUUGUUAUUUGAAAACAAAUAAUAAGGCAUGAAGAUAUCAUUGUCCAUGUGAUCUUUCAACAAUUUUUCAGUGGGAUCAUAUUGAAUGUUUUUGAAAGUUGUUGACUUCAAGGUUUGAGUGUUCUGAUCAGUAAUUGUAUUGAUUAAUUGAUUCAAACAAUAUAUUGAUGCUUUUAUAAAAUGUGAGGCAAUUUGAAACAGGCAUGCAUAUUUCAUUUUCAAGCAUAUAUUUGUAUAACUUUAGGCAAAGUUCAAAUGAGAGUGAAAUUGUGUUUUUUAUUUCUUUAAAUCAUUUUAAGCAGACUAAUUUUCACAGGCCAUUAAUAUUGAUGUGCUAUCUGUAUGUAUAGAAGAACACCUGUGGUGGGUCUGCCUCAAUACCCUGACAUUUUACUCAUCAAUUCCAUGUUUCCACCCGAUUUGGGGUGUGAUUCAGGUACAUUAUAGACUGCUCUUUUGUCAUAUCCAGGUCAUAACCCUUUCAUCAUUGUUUUCAUGUAGAAAAUUUCAUAGAUGGGUACGUUUUUUAGUAUGUUGAUUGAUUGAUUAUAAUUUGUGUGAUCUUGCCUUUUGAAAUUACAGGAUAGGUGUUCUCUUCUUUCCUUUUUAGUUGGUUUUUGCUGCUGGUAUCAUUGUUCUGAACACAGAAACAAUCUAAAGAUCUCUGUAUGUCCAAAUAGUAACGGAGGUUCAUUUUCUGACUUUGGUAUGUUCAUGACAUUGGCCUCAUCCGAGCAUAUGUGUAUUUCAAACAAAUGAUAUAUAUCUACCCCCCCCCCCCCCCUAUUGUACUGACAAAUUCCAAGCCCAGAGCAAUUGUCAGUAGAGCAUUUGUCGCACCCUCUUUGUAAGAAAACUGGAGGUGCAUUUUGAAAUAUGGAUGCAUUUUUAAUAGGGUGAUCAAAUGUUGCUGCUUCUACGCUUUCACUUAAUAACUUUUCGGUGACUGAACUUCAUUGCAUGAUUUUAGCAGUAUUAUUUCCUAUAUAUAAUUUGUAGUACACCAGUAUGUUUUCUGUUACCUGCAUAUUUUCGAUUUUUUUUUGCUCGUUCCGUCUUUUGAUUCUUUGAUCAUACCUAAAGUGAUUGGUAUCAUAGAACUAUUGCAGUGUAGCUAUAUUUUGUACAUCGUUUCAUGCACUAAUCAAGUACUCUUGUAGAAUUUUUUUGUAAAUAAUCAAGCAUUAUAAUUUAUACUCCCAAUAUAUACCUGUACAGUGAUGGUAUACAAACUUGUGCACUUUGUGUUCCAGAGCUUAUUAAAUUAUUGAUUUUAGUUGAAUUAAAAAAAAAACAAUAUCGGUGGAAAAACAUGAUUCAAUAACCAAAGGAAAUUUAAUAGAAAGAAAAGGGACAUUGUAAUAGAAUAGGAAAUUCAUUUUGUUAAAAUUGUGGUUUUAUUGUAUUGUCUCAUUAUAUAUUGCCUUGCUGAAUAUCCAAGUUCAACAUUUCAAACAUUGAAUUAGAGGCAUUUAUGUGACAUGUUAUUUUUAUGGGUGAAUGGUGAAGGGCAACUUCUUUCGAAAAGUCAAUCCAAGGCAAUUUCAAUAGCCUUGUGCGUCACCUAUUGAAAUGUGUGAAACACGACAGUGACGCAUUAUGUAAUCCAAACAUAAUUCUUUUGGAUAUAAAAAUAGAGUUUUGAAAUUGCCCUUGUGUUGAGUUUGAUUGUGUUUUAAUUAUCUAUUUCAAUUAGCCAAUAUGCAAUAAAGAAAUCUAAUAUACAUGUAUAUGGAUUAUCGGUAAUGGGCAGUUUUAUCAUUCAAGCAUUGAAUUCCAAAGAAAGUUCAUGUGCAAAUAAAUUUGAAGCCACUGAAAACGAGUGCUUAAGAUGACAUACUAAUGUAAUGUAACUAAGCAAAAUGCUGUAUACAUAGUUAAAAAUGUCUGGCCAAUCAAAAUUUGUUUUUUUACCGGUACCAGGUAUCUCUCUUGCAUCUUUUAACAGUACACCAGUGUCUGAAGUAGUUCUUCUGGUACUUUCCUGCCCCAUCUAGCUAAAUCUCAGAUACGUGUAGAUGAAAAUGACCACCAAGUUUAAAAAACACAUUUUGGUUUGAGAGUUGUGAUUUGCGGAAGAAAAGGUGCGGUUUCCCUUUUCAUGCAUUUUUUUUUAACGAAACGUCUCUUGUAGCACUUUCCAGAGGUAAAUUGCUCACUGCUUUUUUUUUUUUUGUCCUUUGUUCAAAAGCAGCAGUUGGCAUAUCAAUGGAAUUUGCAAAGCUACUGUCUAAAGACAAGUUCAUGUAGUAAUUGUUUGUUUGCAGGAGUGAAAAAUAAAAAAUGUGAACUGUUCUACUGAAAUAAGUCAAUUGGAAUGACUCGAUCACUUCAUGGUCUCUAUUUUUACCUUUCUUCUCAUGCUUUUGUCAAAUCACAUUAGAAACAUACAUAUGUCAACAAAUCACCAACUACUGUUUAUUAGAAGCAGUUCUUAUAAAUAAUUUAAACAAAUAUCUUUUUACCAUUGCAUACAUGUUUAUUAGAGAGUACUGGAGUAGAGAUAUUAAGUAUCUAACAAUUAUAUAGACUAAACAGAACCAGUUAGAUAUCCAUUUUUACUU